AUGUCUGGACGUGGAAAAGGAGGCAAAGCCAAGACCGGAGGCAAGGCCAAGUCCCGCUCAUCCCGAGCCGGACUCCAGUUCCCCGUGGGUCGUCUCCACCGUAUCCUCCGCAAGGGCAACUACGCCCAACGAGUUGGUGCCGGAGCCCCCGUCUACCUCGCCGCCGUCCUCGAAUACUUGGCCGCUGAAGUUUUGGAGUUGGCCGGAAACGCCGCCCGCGACAACAAAAAGUCCAGAAUCAACCCCCGCCACUUGCAAUUGGCCGUCAGAAAUGACGAGGAGUUGAACAAACUCUUGGCCGGAGUUACCAUCGCUCAAGGUGGUGUCCUCCCCAACAUCAACGCCGUCCUUCUGCCCAAGAAGACCGGAGACAGCCAGGCCUAA